UCAUGAGGAGUAAACCGGAAAUAAAGAAAAAAAUUAAAUAUACUAUUGGUAUGAUCGUAACGCACUCACCGAAACCAUAUUUGCCUUCGACUGAGAAAUAUAAUCCUCAUACUGGUGUGAUAAUUGGAUGGAAUUACAAAUGUAAAGCUGCAUUUAUACACAAAAGAUUAAAAUCUGUAGCUCCACAUCUCAGCGAAUGUUGUGAAACUCGGCACAUGUGCUUCUGCAAAUGUUACACUUACGAAUCAGGCAAUUCCAAAUUUACCUAUCAACCGCACUAUAUAAUUCUUGCGGAAAAUAAUAUAGUAUGUUAUGCACCACAAGAUACUGUGUCAAGUUGUCCACCAAAAUGGAUAAAUAAUGUAGAGAUAGGACGAUAUUUUUCUCAUUUUAAAGGCACUCAUUAUGUACCAACUGGAAACUUGUCAAAAAAUUAUCCAACUGAUAUCUCUAUUAUGCACGAAGUACUUUCUGGUCGGUAGUGUGUACAAUAAAAUUU